AUGCGUGGCUUCUGCGCGGCCGAGCAGAGGCGGCGGUCGGGCGGCGCGGGGACGGGCACUGAGCUGCACCGUCAGAUCCUGGAGGCCAGCCUGCCGCUGGUGACCGAACUCGGCUGGAGCGUCGAGGCACUGGCAGCAGGCGCCGAGUCGCUGGGCUUACCGGACGUGGCGCACGGCAUGUUCCCGCAUGGCGGUGUCGAGCUGGUGCACCAUUUCUACGCCGCCUGCAACAUCCAGCUGGUGGCGGAGAUGGCGGAGCGACGCGACAACGAACAGACGUCGGACUCCCCGGCCCCGCUCGGCACGCAGGCUUUCAUCCGGUGGGCGGUGGAGCGGCGCCUGCGCAUGGUGGCACCCUACCUGGCCCGCUGGCCUGAGGCGCUGGCGCUGCUGCGGACGUGA